AUGCAGCCAAAUCCAAAUCGUACUAAUCGAUUAGCUGUAGACAAUCCUACUCAUUUAAACUCGUAUGAUCCAUCAGCACCUUAUCGUGCAAUGAUGAACCCGCCACCUCCUCCAAUAAACCCUAAUAUUCCAGCUAACAAUUUAUAUCAUGCGAAUCCUAAUCUAUCGAAAAAUGUUCCUCCUGGAACUUAUGAUCCAAGAAAUGGUGCUGCCACACGUAUACCACGAUAUUAUUAUCCACGUUAUGAUGGUGCUUACGAUACUUAUGUUCUUGAAAUGAGAGAAACAGAUCCUUAUUUACAACCAAUAGAUAAUCCACAACCAGCUCCAUUGUCGGAUGAUCCAUAUGCAUCGGGUCCAUAUUAUCCUAAUGCUUCAUCAUAUGGUGUUCCAUCGUCAAGUAAUUAUCCUCAUGAAAAUUUUAAUCCAUAUAGACAAAUACAACCAAAUUCUGAUGUAAUUAGUUCACAUAGAAAAGAUGCUGAUUUAAGCCGUCUUGAAGUAUAUCAUUUUGCUCCAAAACAGAACCCAAUAUUACCACCAGUAGUACAAUAUCAUGUUUAUUCAUAUCCUCCAUCAGUAGGAGGUCAACCACAAUCAAUACCAUCAAAAAAACAAUCAUCUUACUAUUAUCCACAAAAUGAUAAUCAAUCGGAUGUUGCUCAUUAUUUAUCAGAUCCAUCUCAAGGACAAAUACCUUUUGCAGAAACAAAAGCACGUAGUUCUCAAACAGAUCAACCUGCUACAAAGAAUCGUGCAGUUUCUCCGAUGUAUUUUUCUGGUGAACCAUCAUCUAUUACUGAUAAUGAUGGUUAUCCAAAUAUACAACAUAAACAAGUUCAUACUGAUCGAUAUAAUAUUAAAACAGGAAGAAUAAAUCGACAAUUUUAUGAUAAACAUCGUUCAUCUGCUUUGCCUGAUUGUCGUUGUUUAGAUUGUCAACAAGAAAGAUCAAAAGUACUUAACUAUUAUCCUGAUUAA